AUGGGCAGCGUGAGCAGCCUAGUCACGGGCAACCAAAGCCUCAGCCACGCAGCCAAGCACUGCAGAGCUUCAGGCCAACCCAGGCUGAAGCAGGAGCGGAGUGAGCAGCGCAAGAGUGGAGGGUGCAGCCUGGACGACCUACUCAAGUGCAGUUUUAGUCCCGGUUCCUCCUCUCAUCCCACCAAAGGCCUGUCCCAUUCUCGAUCGGGACGCAGUGAGGACUUCUUUUAUAUUAAGGUAAGCCAGAAGCCGCAGCACAGAGGAUCAGGCAUGGAGGAGAGUGACUCAAACAGCGAUGAAGAGACUCCUCCAACUCUGUUGUACAAGACUUUGACAGACAGGACAUCCACUGAGCAGCCACUGGUCCGUGCAUUCACGCCUGUUGUGCCCAAGAACACAACCUCCACAGAGACAGGCUACAAAAGCCUGGACCACGUCCUCGCAUCAAGGGAGAAAACAAGGCCAGAUGUCGUUCAAAAGACUGAAAACCUCUCAGGAACUCUCUCCGACUCGGGUCGAAACUCCAUGUCCUCCCUGCCCACCCACAGCACUGGUGACAGCUUUGGCCCUGGCUCUCACCGGGGCGGGAGUUCACCCGCAGCACACAGCCUAAGCAAGGGUCUCCUGCCCACAUUCCCCUCGUGGCUUAAUGGGAUAAAUGUGAGCCCAGAGUCCCGAUACUCCCCAGCCUUUAAUAGCCCUGUGUCUAAAGCUAAUGCCAGCACUAACGGCUCGCUGUGCUCCGGAGACAAGUUCAGUCCUCUGAGUGAAACCACAGGCGGGAUCCGAUCGCCCAUUACAGCAGACGACUCUCUGAUUGAACAUUUGGAGCACAGACUUCUGGGAAGAGAGAGUGAACUGCGGAGACUACAGCAGGUGAGUUUGGAGGAGAAAGGAGCAGAAGCUGUUCAGAGGAUUGAGGAGAGGCAUCGACACUGUGUGGAUGAGAUCGAAGGCCUGAAGCAGCAGUGUAUGAUGCAGCAGACGGUCAACAGAAGUCCACAAGGCUUACACCUGCAGGUCAGCAGGCUGCAGGAGGAGAAGCAGAGACUUGAAGAUCGCCUUCUUAAAUUGACCCAAGAAAAAGAACAAAUGGAACUGAGGCUGCGGGCCUUCGAGACACACAGCACAGCACUGGCGCCCACUCUGGAGGAAACUCAAUGGGAGGUUUGCCAGAAGACAGGGGAGAUCUUUCUGUUGAAGCAGCAGCUGAGAGACAGUCAGGCGGAGGUGAGCCACAAACAGAGUGAGAUGCUGAAUCUGCGAACUCUGCUGAAGGACGUCACGGCAAAACUGGAACUGGUGGAGAAACAGAGCCGAGAGCACGAGGGCAAGCUGCACGAAAGAACGCGAGAGGCAGAGGUGUGCCAAAAUGAGCUCCAGCGGAAGAAAAGCGAGGCCAACAUGCUGAGAGAGAAAGUGUGCAAACUGGAGAAUGACAUUGAGGCUUUAAAACAGACAUUUUCUGCGACCAAAGAAGAAGUAACUCCUCCACAAUCCUCAACCCCUGUGCAGACCGAAGCACCCCAGUGUCUGCAGGAGGAAGUGGCCUUACUCCGACAACAGGUGCAGGACGAGAGGGAGGCUAAAGACAAACUCUGUGUCAGCUUUGAGCAGGAGAAGCAGACGUGGAACAGGGAGAAGGAAAAGGUCAUCAAAUAUCAGAAACAACUGCAGAUUAACUACCUGCAAAUGCACAAAAAGAAUCGGGAUCUGGAGAGAAGUUUGAAAGACGUCACCGCUGAACUGGAGGCUAAGAAUGAACUCCGCACGAACAUACCAUACUGCUCAGGGCUGCAGACCUAUGAGGAUGUUAUUGCCACUGAGAUUUAA